AUGGCCUCCACACUCCGUCAGAACCCAUGGCGGGCCUACCAAAACCUCACCCGGCAACAACUCCGCACAUCACGCCUCUCCUCCCGGCAUCUCUCCACCACGUCCCUCCGCUCCAAUGCAACCAAUAACCCCCUCCGCUCCCGAGCAUCCGCAGCAGCGGAUCUCCAGCACGCCUCCCAAGCUCAGAGGAAGAUGAUCCUCUCCGCAGCCGGCAUAAUUACCUGUGCAGCCGGUCUCUACGGCGUCAUCAAGCUAGACCUAUUUGGCCUUAACGAGCUAGACACAAACAAAGAUGACAAGACCACAACCGCACCCCCGAAGAACGGCGCAAUGCGCAUGGACGGACCAGUCGGUUUCACCAGCGGCGGGCCAUCAUUAAUAACAAUCCAAGGCCAAGACAGACUCGAGCAAGUGCCAACAGGAACAAGCACAAUCCCCCACUUCCCAAGCACAAUCCGACUUCCCACAUCCGAAGCAACAGAAGGCAAGCAAACCGGCGACGAUCUAGCCCCGUCCACAGGCGAAGAAUACCAACUCCUCGGUCUCGGCAUCCGCACCGUCUCCUUCCUCUCGAUCCAAGUCUACGUAGUCGGCCUGUACGUCGCGAAAUCCGACAUCACCGAGCUACAACGACGCCUCCUGCGCACAGCAAUCCACCCGCCCACCCCCGGCGCCGACGCGGACUCUGCCAUUUCCGGCGCCGGUGCAAGCGCUGCUACAUCCCUCGUCUCGCCGGAGCGCCAGCAGCUCAAGGAGCUUCUCCUUGAUGCGGAGCGCGGCGACGCCGCCUGGUCGGCGAUCAUCAAAGAUAACGGCAUCCGCACUGCAUUCCGCAUCGUUCCUACCCGGAACACGGACUUUAUGCAUCUGCGCGACGGAUGGGUGCGUGGUAUCACUGCGCGCGCGCAGGCCAAGAAGGCUGCGGAGCCGGGCGAGUUCCAGGAUGAGAGCUUUGGAAGCUCGAUGAAUGAUUUCAAGGCUGUUUUCGGUGCUGGGAAGGGGAAGUCAGUGCCCAAGGGACAGACGCUUGUUUUGAUGCGUGAUGCGCAUGGCGCUUUGGAUGCGCUUUUCCAGCCUAGGGCUGAUAAGCCGGUUAAGUGGAUGGGGCGCGUUGCUGAUGAGCGGAUUAGUCGGCUUGUUUGGUUGAAUUAUCUGGCUGGCAAGACUGUUUCGAGUGAGGGGGCCCGGACGAGUAUUGUCGAGGGGUUGAUGUCGAUUGUUGAGAGGCCCCUUGGCACUAUUGUGCAGAAGGUUAUCUGA